CUAUGUGGUCAGCAGGCACACGAGGAUACAGUCUAGCUCUAGAUGGUGUCCAGUUGCAGAAAAGAAAGGGGGUAGAAUUUUGCUCCCAGUACCUGAGGAAAGCCGCUUCAAGGGCAUAGGAGUCACAGACAGAGCACAGAGGCAGCACACACACAGAGAGCUCAGCUCUGGUCCAGAAGAAGUCACUGUCUUCUUCUGUUUCACUUCAGCCAAGCUUGAAUUGAAUCGAUUUUCAAGGGUCUUCGACGUCACCGGGAUGGCAGAGGCACAUCAGGCAGUUGGCUUCCAGUUCACCGUCACCUCAGACGGCAUCGACCUCCACCUGAGCCGCGAGGUACUCAAACACAUCUACCUGUCGGGAGUGACGUCAUGGACAAAGCGCGCCAUAAGAUUUAAAAAUGGGAUAUUGACAGGUGUCUACCCUGCCAGCCCAUCUAGUUUGCUGAUCGUUGUGAUAGCCAUAUUGAGCACCAUAUAUGCCAGGAUAGACCCAUCACUGGGAAUGAUAGACACCAUCAAGAGGACCAUGUCUGUCAGUGGCUACAUGACAGUGCAGACCCAGACAGUGCUGAGUGCCAUCCUGUUUUCCACAGGCCUGUGGCUCUCUCUCAUCCUCAUGCUGAGGUACAUUCUCAAGGCCCUUCUCUCCUACCAUGCCUGGAUCUUUGAGUCCCACGGCGAAAUUAGCUUCUGCACCAAACUCUGGCUGAGUCUGGUGAAGAUGUUCUCUGGGCGCAGACCUCUCCUCUAUAGCUUCCAGACCUCCCUACCCAGACAACAUGUGCCUAGUGUGGAUGACACCAUAACCAGGUACCUGGAGUCAGUGCGCCCCCUGCUGGAUGAUGAGCAGUACAACCAGAUGGAGGUGGUGGCCAAUGACUUCAAGAAGGACCAGGCACCCAAACUCCAGAAAUACCUCAUCCUCAAAUCCUGGUGGGCUACUAACUAUGUGAGUGAUUGGUGGGAGGAGUACAUCUACCUUAGAGGCAGGAGUCCCAUCAUGGUCAACAGUAACUUCUACUCCAUGGAUCUGCUGUACGUGACUCCCACACACAGACAGGCAGCUCGGGCAGGGAAUGUUGUUCAUGCUAUGCUGCAGUACCGCCGCAAACUAGAGAGAGGAGAACAUGCACCGUUGAGGGCUCUGGGGGUGGUGCCCAUGUGUUCUUAUCAGAUGGAGAGGAUGUUCAACACCACACGUAUCCCUGGUAUAGAGACAGACUUUGUUCAGCACCUGAGUGACCGGAAGCACCUGGUGGUGUACCAUAAGGGCCGCUUCUUUAAGGUGUGGCUGUACUACGGGGGGCGUCACCUCUGGCCCUCUGAGCUGGAGACUCAGUUCCAGAGGAUCCUCGUCGACACCACCGAGCCACAGCCUGGGGAACUCAAACUGGCUGCCCUCACAGCCGGCAACAGAGUUCCGUGGGCGCGGGCUCGUCUGAAGUACUUCAGACAGGGUGUUAACAAAGCCUCUCUGGAGGCCAUCGAGACGUCAGCUUUCUUCCUCAGCCUUGAUGACGAGGUGCAUGGUUAUGACCCUGACAAGCUGAGGUCAUUGGACCUGUAUGCCAAGUCCCUGCUGCACGGGAAGUGCUAUGACAGGUGGUUUGACAAAUCUUUCACUCUGAUCGCUUAUAAGAACGGUAAACUGGGGGUUAAUGCAGAACACUCGUGGGCAGAUGCUCCCAUUAUAGGACACAUGUGGGAGUAUGUCCUAGCAACGGACUGCUUCCAUUUGGGCUACACAGAGGAGGGACACUGCAAAGGAGACAUCAACAAGGGCCUGCCUCCCCCCACCAAACUACAAUGGGACAUUCCACUGGAGUGCCAGGAGGUCAUUGAGGAGUCCUACAUGGUUGCCAAGGUGAUAGCUGAUGACGUGGACUUUCAUGGCUGGCUGUUUGAUGAGUUUGGGAAAGGCCUGAUCAAGAAGAGUAGGACCAGUCCUGAUGCCUUCAUACAGCUAGCACUACAGCUGGCCCAAUUCAGGGAUAAGGGGGAGUUCUGUCUGACGUAUGAGGCCUCAAUGACCCGGAUGUUCCGUGAGGGUAGGACAGAGACGGUUCGCUCCUGCACCUCAGAGUCCACAGCCUUUGUCAGAGCCAUGGAGGACAAGAACACUGCGAGUGCCCAAAAAUUGGACCUCUUCCGGAAGGCCGCAGACAAACACCAGAACAUGUACCGUCUGGCCAUGACAGGCUCUGGCAUCGACAGACACCUCUUCUGUCUCUACAUCAUGUCUAAGUACCUCAGCAUCGACUCACCAUUCCUCAAACAGGUGUUGUCAGAACCCUGGAGGUUGUCCACUAGUCAGACUCCUCAACAGCAGCUCAACAUGGUUGACAUAAAGAAGUUUCCCAGAUACGUGGGCGCGGGGGGGGGGUUCGGCCCUGUGGCUGAUGACGGCUAUGGCGUCUCUUACAUCAUUAUAGGAGAGAACCUGAUCACAUUCCACAUCUCCAGCAAGUUUUCCAGCCCUGAGACGGACUCGUACCGCUUUGGACAGAACAUUCGACAGGCCAUGCUGGACAUUCGUGCGCUAUUCGACCAAAAAGACAAGAAGGAGAUGUGAUGAGAAGACAGUCUGGAAGGUCUUUUUAGCCUUCAUACCACAUUUUUGUGCUCUGUGACUUUACAACAUUGUUUCCCAACGGCUGGUCACGACUAGUCUCUUCUGGGUAACGACUUUAGACUGGGUUAAGUUAUAAAGCUUCUGGAUAUCUACUCAGAGAGCAGGAGGAAUUGCUUUGCAGAAGAAUACAUAUUUAAUAAAGCAUUUUCACUAUUUAUAUCAGACACUAUCCUUUCUAUAAAAGGGCAGUGGAUUUUGAGUAUAGUUUUGAACCGAUUCUGGCAAGAGCAAUGGAGCACAUAAUGCCUUGGUGGCCAUAUAGAACUAUUAUUAAUCUGAUUUUGUUUGUAGUAGAAUGAUAUAUGGAUGUAGCCUUGUAAGGAUAGGCCACUCAUCUGUUUAGAGAGAGGUCAUAGUAUUUGCUUCUGAUUGUAAUAUGUGUACACUUGUAUAUACCAUUGUUUUGAGUAUUUUAAGUGUUGUAAUAUAUAAGGUUGUAUAUCGGAAUCUGUUAUGCUUAUGUAUUUGUGUUUAUUAGUAUAUUAUAAUAAAGGAUAUGUUGAUUGUU